UACGUCGCCUAUUCACUUUCCCGUACUGAAUGAACAAUUGAAUUAUCGUCAGCUGCCUUGCCUUCACUGCCCUACAAAAUCAGAUUUCAAUCGUAAGCCAAACCCAACUCCCUCACUUAUUUCUUCGGAUUUCUACACUUGUGUUGUAAUAAUGGCGACUACUGAGUUGAAAUCUGAUAACUUGUUUGAGAUGAUUAAAUUCCACCUGGCUUCUGAUGCUGGUAAAGAGCUCACCAAGAAGAUCGGCCUCGUUUUCCAAUUCAAUAUCUCCCCCAAGAAAAUUGGGAUUGAUGAGGUUUCUUACGUUGUUGAUCUCAAGAAAGGAGAGGUUACCAAAGGUACAUUUGAAGGGGGAAAGCCUGAUGCUACGUUUUACUUCAAGGACGAUGAUUUUGUGAAGGUCGCCACUGGGCAGACGAAUCCCCAGGUUGCUUUUAUGAGGGGGAUGAUGAAGAUCAAGGGAAGCUUGAGUGCAGCUCAGAAAUUCACUCCAGAUAUUUUCCCAAAGCCGGCAAAGAUGUGAGCAGAGAUGCCAAUGUAGUAUUUAGGUUUCCAGAUAAGAUGGCUUCUAGUCGUUAAUGGUUUCUACUGUAAAAGCUCCACUCGUUUUAUUCAUCAUUUGAAGUAUUUCCAAUAAAAUUAUGUGCUUCGUCGGACUAUGUUACUCCCCA